UGUUCUUUUUUGGUGGUGACGCUAUUGUUGUUAUUGACCGUUGCACUGAUGUUUAUCUCAUCAAAAGAAGUUGCCUGCCAUUAAUAGCUCUCGAAUGCCUGCCAUUUCAAUGUAGAUUUCUCAGCUCUCAUGAGAUGCUGGUUGCAAUGAAUGAGGCACCAUAGAAAUUCCUCUCGAUGUCAUGCUCGCUAGUUAUCUUCACUCGUCGUAUACGGGUAUACCUUCCUGAAACCAGCCUUGUUCUAUCUUACAAACUGAAAUACUCGUCGACACGUAUCAUGUCCAAUGGGGACAAUCAUUCUCAUUGACUGUUAGGCACAGCCUGAGACGCCUAUCGUCUGAUACAGCGGGCGGAUGAUAUGCCGCCUUUGUACAUCCCCAACCUUCUCAGUGCCUGCCAGUAUCAAACCUUGUAGGAGGUCGCGUCUAUAUCCGACUGGUUUGAACGGAGAAUUGAGACGCGCAGUCGCAACUCCGAGGCUCGUGGCAAUGGCUCUUUCCGAACAAGUGCAGUCGAUUGUUAAAGAAGAGAUGUGAAGACGAGAGCACCUUGCGUUCUGUGGAAUGCAGCUGAUGGUCACGUCCAUAACGGAGCAAGUCUGAUCUCGAUGAAUAUUUGCUUUACUUGCGAUUACCUUCUCCGUUCAAAAGCACAGGUCCAUGCACAAUGCUGCGAUGUAAACGCUACCCUUGACACCCUGUAAGAUUGUCCCUUUCAGCUUCUAUGAUGCGACGCAUGAUUGUCCUCGAAACGAACGCUGGCUUUGUGGCGCUCUCCCCGAUUAACAGGACUGAUAGCUUUGUCUACAUAUAAUUUGUCCGAUACGAUGGGUUGAUGUUGUGCAACUCUGUCUCCGUACCCCCGGUUGUACCUCCUUCCCCGUAGCCUCCUUGUUUUGCCAUGGCUGAAGGUCCAACAAUUGAAGAACUCAUGAGUGGCUUUCUCAUAGAGAUAUGUAUAUCCCUCAUACUCUACGGCAUCACCAUCUCGCAAGUCUAUACUUACUUCCUAAACUAUGGUCAAGAAGACUCUUCCUUGCUCAAGGGUGGGGUGGCUUCUGUUCUGGCACUUGAGACGAUUCAUACGAUCUUCACGAUUCAUAUGUUGUAUGUUUAUCUCAUUACCGAUUUUGGACAAGUGGCUGCCAUCGGCACCAUCGUCUGGAGCGCCGGGGCAUGUGUCACGACUGGAAUGGUUAUUGUCGCCAUCGCUCAAGGAUUCUACAUCAGGCGAAUCUAUGUUUUAAGCAAGCAGAACAUUGCUUUGACCGCAAUAACGGGUUUCCUCCUCUUGUUGAGAGUUUCAUUCGGAUUGGCAACGUCUGCUUUAACGUACAAACUUGGUACCUGGGGUGUAUUCCGCGCUAAAGUUGGACCUUUGUUCACUCUGAGCACUGGCCUUGCGCUCUCAGCUGCGGUCGAUCUACUUAUUGCAAGCAUCUUGAUGUACUAUCUCCACAAGAGUCGUACUGGGUUCAAGGAGACUGACCAUAUGAUCCAUUCCCUCAUGGGAUACGCGGUCAACACUGGAGCUAUCACCAUGCUUGUCUCAAUCGCCAUCGUUUUGACGUUCGUAUUUCUGAAAGAGAGCUUGUUAUUUGCAGGUCUUGUCCAAAUGUCCAGUAAAUUGUACGCGAAUUCUUUCCUUGGAACACUGAACGCAAGACAAAUUCUUCGGCGCAAGAUCAAUACUCACAAGUCUUCAGAAUUAUCUGAUCGAGUACGGUCAAAUAAUGCUCCUACUCCCAUGCAGCGUCAUAUUGAGAUCUACCAGGAGACAUCGAAGGUGAUUGACCACGACCAUAUCAUCAGUACUAGAUCAUACCAGGGUGAACUGCGUGUUGAAGAGCAUGAGUUGACAGAUACUCACUCCGGGAAGUUUGCUCCACUUGCAUGAAGAUGAUUUACGGGACAUCCAAUCUCAGCACGUCGACCACUAUUUUAAUCGUAUAUCUUCCUGGUUACCCAUAUACAUAUACGUAGAUCCGAGUCUUAAUGAACUUGGAGAGAAAUGAGUCUGUUCAAGCG